AUGAGUUUACCGUCGGGCGUCGAUAUGCAGAAUCUAAUGUCACAGCAUCCAGUGCUGGGCGCCUUGCCGCCCGCCUUCUUUUUGCGCGCCGCCUCGGAGCGCUAUCAGCGCACACCAAAAUGCGCGCGUUGCCGCAAUCAUGGCGUGGUCAGCGCGCUGAAGGGACACAAGCGCUACUGUCGCUGGCGGGACUGCGUCUGUGCCAAGUGUACGCUGAUCGCGGAACGGCAGCGUGUGAUGGCAGCACAGGUGGCGCUGCGACGCCAGCAGGCGCAGGAGGAGAAUGAGGCACGUGAGCUGGGUCUGCUGUACACCUCGGUGCCCGGGUCGGGGCAACAGAAUGGCAGCGACAGCGUCACGCCCAACUCGCACAGUCCGACACAUGGCGGUGGCGGCGGCGGCGGUGCCGGUGCGGCACCAGCACAAAACGGCGUGUUCCAUGGCGGCAUACCCUCGCCACCCAGCGACGGCUACGAGGCAAGUCCCACGCCCAGCCACCAGCAGCAGCAACAGCAGCAGCAUCAACAGCAUCAGCAGCAGCAGCAGCACCAACAUCAGCAUCAGCAUCAACAGCAGCCGUCGCGGCAGCAGCAUCAACAGCAUUACAAUGGCAAUGAAUCCGACACGGAUGGACGCACUCGCUCCGAGCAUCUCAGCGUCGGCUUCUCACCCACACGCACCGAGCUGGACGAGAGUCCCGUUUCGAAGCGCGGCGCCGCGCACUCCAAUGAAACCGAUCAGGACACGGGCUCCGAGUCUGGCUCGCCCAGCAGCCCCAGGCCCAAGGUAGCCGGACUAUUUAACCUGACAGCCAGCCUAUCGCCCGCACGCACCGGCCCGCCCAGCUCGCCGGAGUCCGAUCUGGAUGUGGACUCAGCGCCCGAUGAGGCCACGCCCGAGAACUUGAGCCUGAAGAAGGAGGACAGCAACUCGCCGCCGAACACACCCGCCGAGAAUCUGCAUCUGUUGCGCUCCUUCGGCAAUGGCCAUGCCCAGGGCUUCAUGCCCUAUCACCACACGCAGUUCCUGGCCGCUGCGGGGCUGCCCACACAUCAUCCAGCAGCGCAGUUGCCCCUGCAGCAGCAGCUGCAUGCACAGGCCCAGCAUCAGCAGCGCUCUCCGAUUGAUGUGCUGAUGCGCGUCUUUCCCAAUCGGCGACGCAGCGAUGUGGAGCAGCUGAUGCAGCGCUUCAGGGGCGAUGUGCUGCAGGCCAUGGAGUGCAUGUUGGCUGGCGAGGACUUGACGCAGACGCCGCCGCCACCGCCUCCGACACAGGUGCCUCCCUCGCCGCCGUUUCCCAUGAAGUCCGCUUUCUCGCCGCUAGUUCCACCCGCUGUGUUCGGCUCGCCCACCCAUCCGCAUCGCUAUCAUCCGUUCAUGCAGGCGCAUGCCAAGCGCUUCCUGUCCGCCCCCUAUGCCGGCACGGGCUAUUUGCCCGGCGUGCUGAGCAGCGCGGACAUUGACCAGUCGGAGUCGAAUGGCGCCAGCGGCAUGGCCCUGGAUCGUAGCAGUAAUGCGGGCGACUCCCAAGAUUGAGGCACUGGCUGCUCUGCUGCCCUGCUCCAUGAGCCAUAAAUACCCAACCCAGUUGAUCCUUGUUUUAGGGAAAUCGAAGCGAUUCGAAUCGCAGCCUAGCAAUUGGUUCAUUUCUUUAGUUCGUAAGCAUCGUAAUGUAACACUGGCUAUACUUGUACUCCUA